UCUCGCGCUCCAAAGACAGCAGUGGAGAAAACCUCAACUUUUCGUUGAUAUUUGUAUUUCUAAAAACAAGGUUAAACGUUAUUAAAUUUUGUUUCUCGAAUAUUGUUUAUGAUUUAACGGACUUCUGUAUACAUUCAACUAGAAGUAUUACGUGUCAAUAAUAAUAUUAUACCAUCAUGAAUGACAAAACGUUCCUUGACGUCGACGAAACAAUAUUAACAAAAAUCUUGACACUACCUGAAAAUGUAUCACAGAUCGACGGUAUAACCAAACAACCUGAUUCAAAGCCUUUCUUUAUUAUUCAACCUGCACCUGGUAUAUGCGUAAAAACAAAGACUGACAGUGGAGAAAAAGUUUUUUUGAAUAUAUGUACAUCUGAUAAAAUACCAGCACCAGAGGAUAUAUCUGAUGAAAAGCUUGUCGAGUUAUUAUUAGAGGAAAAUCCAAAUUAUUUUGUACCUCUGAGUAUUGGCAGUGAAAGGAUUGAAGUUGAUAGGGGUGGAUCACCUUGUACAAUAUAUGACGUUGCAUAUAAUACAACAUAUUUCAAAAAAUGUGAGAACAGGAAGAAUUUUUUAUUGUUUACUAUACAAGUUACAAUAAGUGCGGUGUCCGAUAAGUUUAACAAGACUUUAAAUGUUGAAAAUUAUGUGAUACUUAAAAAUCGUAAGGCUAUGGGAAAAAUACAACAGCAUAGAAUUGAAAAUCGUGAACCACGAAUGCAUUCACAAGUUAAAAAACCACUUAUUACAGAGAUUGAGUCUCCUAUUAAAAACAUUCAUAAAGAAGAAAAUAAAGUUAUUCAAUCAGAAAAUGUCUCUAUAGAACCAAAGUUGAAUUAUGUGUUAUUAAAACAACCUUUAAAAGGACCAGCAACUCAUUUGAUUGGCUUAUUUCAAGUUCCUAAAGGGACUACUGGCAAAGAUGUGGAAGUACUUCUGGACGAAAAUCGUAUUGUAAUUACUGUUGAUAACACUACUCUAGCAUACGACCUUUCAGUUCCAUAUACCAUAAACAUAACGCGUGUAAAAUGUCUUCUAGAUAAGGAUCUCAGGGUAUUAAGAUUAGAUAUGCCUGUGCGAAGUGCUUUAGACAAUGUACAGAAUUAAUAAAUAAUAAAUACAAGUUGAGUACUUUUAUUAAUUGUUUUAUUAUAACAAAAACCUGUUUCAUGUAUGAUAUUAACAAACAUGAAACAUCGUAACAUUAAUUACAUUUCACACCAUGUCAAAUGUAAAUAGCAGUAUUUUCUAUUGCAAAUUAUAUCUCUUUUUAUUAAAAAUAGUAGGCUUCAAUGUGCGUGAAUAGCGUGAUUACUGUCAAGUCUACAGUGUUAUACGAAAAUCUGUAUACUAACAACAUAAGUAUAGAUUGAAUAUCUGUAACAAUUGUGAAAAAUAUAACUUAUACUCCAUGGUAUAAGAAAUAGUACAGAAUAUCAAAACAAUCUCCAGUAAUGACAUGUAACUAUUUUAUGUGCGUAAAAACAAUAUCACAAACACUGGUAUUGGAAUGUAGUUGUAUGUAUAUAUGAUGAUUAGGAUUAAAUUUUAUGGCAGACUGCAUCAAUAGAAAUGCGUCAGUUCAGGAAGUUUGAUAUGCCAUUCUUGUAAUUAAUGUUCGUAAAUUAAUGAUC